GUGAGGUAAAAUGGUUGUUGACGUCAUAGACAAGGACGGAAAGAGGCAGUCGCCUGCUGAUAGAAGGAAGGAGUCUUGACUGAUUCGCCUUUCCUUUCAGCAGGUCUUUCGUGUUUACUUUGACCUCUAAUACUUCUAGAAGAUUACUUCCUAAUCAACUUUUCUGACAGAUGCCAUUUGACUUUUUCUUCCCAUCGGUACUGCACUAACUGAAAAGGUUCCGUUAAGUUUUAAGAAUUUUUGACGGUCAGUUAGGCUGUUUCCUAGGAAAGAUAUUGUCCAGACGCAAAAAUCAGCAUCAAUGAGAAUCCCGUCUGCCACGAUCGACGAAUCUAAGGUGGAGGCUUUCAGGAAAAGCGCCGUUCCUAUCACUCCUGAAUUUGAAGGUUUCUGCCCGGACAAACCUUGUGUCCACGGCAAGUGUGUGGAGGAUGAGAAUGGCAUUCUCUCCUGUCACUGCAAAAAAGGCUUCACUGGGCAGAGGUGUGACGUCGCCAUUGAAAAGAGGAGCGCGAGCGAAGUAGUAGUUCGCGUACCUGUGGAUGCGGCCCGGACAGCAGAAAUAGCCAGCGCCGCGGUCAUCUCCGUGCUCCUCCUGGUCGGCACUAUCUUCAUGUUAUACUUUCUCGUGUCCUCCCGAAGACGGCAAAAAGCGCUGAAAGAUUACUGGAAACAUCGGAGUCGCUUACACCCGCAGGCAGCCAGCAACGUUUCGAACAACGCAGCACCACCGCCAAAAGGAGGUGGCCUUUGCUCCUGUUGCCCCUGUUGCAAACCUGCUGACAAGGCUGGAGGAGGCAAGGGCGCUGGGUCGACGAGUGGUUCAAGUGCGGGCGGUGAAAAGAAGAAGAAAAAGGGAAAAAAAGGAGGCAAAAAAGGAGGAGGAGGAGGAGGAGGAGGAGCAAAAAAGAAAAAGAGAGUUUCAACGGGGGGAAGAUAUCUGUCCUCCGACAAAGCGCCCUUGCUGAGUGAGAACCGCAAUCAACAGUGCCUGUAUCACUCCUCUACUCGAAGUCCGAUGACCAGGGAUGGGCGCAAGAACCGCAACGUCUCCUCGUCGCAUACCCGGAGGAACGAUCAUCACGAUUGCCUGUGCGCCCUGGGCAAAGAUCGCGAUGACUAUGACUGGGAACGUGCGUACCGUGCUGUCCGUUCCAGCCGCUACAGUCACCUCAACAUCUCGCAGAACUAUCAUUACGAGGAGGCUAACCCGGCACCCCAAAAUGUCUGCCUGACCCAGCCUUCCUCUCUUAAAUUGCCCGCGACGAGCGCUCGCCUCGGUACGAUGCCUGACGACUUUGAUGAAGAGUUCGCGAAGACUUCCAACAAGGUGUCAACUUUGUCGGAACAAGGAGGAUCCGAGCAGCCCACAGUCUGCAGCUGCUGGCAGAGUGACUCCGAGGAAAGUCCUCCUGGUUGUCGAGGCGAAUGCCGACCUCUUCUGCAGGGCAACUCCACCCGUUGCGAACCAGGCGGCCCAGCAGGUAGACCCGAACAGGGUGACGGCGGCAAGUCUCUCUCCACCUCAGUAGCCAGAGUUGUCGACAGUAAUCGUUGGGAACAACCUUUGCCAGCUCAACCCACCGGAGGUGAUGAGAUAUUUCAGUCGGAAAAAAAUCGCACGCCAAAGAUCGACGAAAAGAAAGCUCUCGUCAAGAGCAAACUUGCAGACCAUGCUCCUUUGAAAGACACUCUUCUUCCGAAUCCCGGUACUGACGAGGAGAAACGCCUGUUGGCAACUAUGCAGUGGUGCGCGGACCAGAACGACAGGUUGCUGAGAUUUAUCGACGCCAGUCGUAAACAGUGGCUCGUGACAGCACACAGUCUUCACGACAGUGGUGUCCUUACACCGAUCAAUCCGCAGAAGGAAGAUCCCCGCUGUGAACAAGAGCAGCCAAAAAACCAUGACAACGUACUCAGCCAUGGUGUCCCCUCCAAGACCGGCGCGGGGACAAGGAAGAGGAUGACGACACACCCACCCAGCCGGAGAACCUCUCAAGGGAAAGAGGUCCAUUGGCAGGACCCUUCGUCGCCUGAAGUUUCGCGGCAUAGAAUCACGAAGCUAGGACGAAGCAGGGUUAAGCUUGGCUUGAUCUCAAAAGCAACCCCUUUAGAUGAUAAGUCCCAGCACGAGUCAAAGCCUCUGGAUGUAACCAUGAUGCCAGUAGGAGGAUCUCUCCCACGCCACCUUUUUCCCUACACCUCCUCAGACCACAUGCACUUGGGAGCAUGUUCACCGUUCCUAACCGUUGUCCAUUCAAAUCGGCGAAGCAAGAAAGCUAAUUGCUUUUUCUCUACCCAUCGAAAGAACGCUGUAGAAACUGUACCUGGCAGCCAAGGAGAAAGCCUAUCGUUCUAUCCGGGUUUCUCUGCGAUGACGUCAGAUUGUGUCAGGGGAGACGACCGAGAAAACGCAUCGUCUGCGGGUGACGUACCCAAAGCCCCCUUGCGAUGCAUUAGUAGCCGCCACGACGCACCGCCGGGCAUCAGCGAACCCAAGAGCAAACUGUGGCAAGAGCUGAGCACUUCCAUUGUUCCCCAACCACGUGUCGACGGCGAGGUCACGCUUCAGCAAGCAGAACGCCCCCUGGACACAGACGACAUUUGUGUUGAUCCCAAGCGCUACUAUACAGUCAAGGACUCGACUACAGAACCCAUACCGCAAACCAUAAAAACCCAGCACAGGUUGGAUCUUUCGACCAUUCCAUUGGUCUGGUCACUGGAAGAGAACAAGGACGCUCGCUUAACGUUGACGGAGCCUGAGGUGAACUGGGGUCCAGACCAGGCUCUUGCCAACUCCUCUGGUCCCUUCCUGAGUGCGAAAACAAGCGACAGAAUUGAACAGGACGUGAAAAAAGAACUGAAACCCCCUAAUGUCGCCAGAAACCUGGCACAAAGUGAAGUCCCUGAAGAUCACUCUGCAAACGCCAAAGUUUCCCAGCUUCUCAAAACUCCGCUGAACUGCCAAACAAACGAGGAGGUGCGCGCACUCCAGGCCCGCUGACACCAGCAAGAGUUAGGGGAGAUCACUCCUGCCACAAGGAAAGGGAGAGUACGUCGGGCGUUGUUUGUGUGCUAACAGCACCAAAAAAUUAUUUCAGGGACAAUGACACACCCUCAACAGAAACAAUGUUUUUGGACUGCUGACACCAGAGAAAGUAAGCAAAGGCAAGCAUUCUCUGGAAUGGCGGUCGAGCUAGAGUUCUUUGCCUUAAAGCUGCACAGAACACGGUUUAACCUUUCACUUGUCGACUUGUCAUUGUCGACGACCAUAUUGCCUGGGUUAGAGACAAAAAUCGCACACAACAAUUUCUCAAGAAUGCCGUAAUUUGAAAAGCUUGCUUAUCAGAACCAGUGAGUCUGUUACUAAAAAAACAAAAAAAUGAAUUUCUAAUAUUUCGAUGUUGGAAAAAAAAGCUGGCAGAACAGUGUGUUUAGAUUGUUACGAUGAUAAGCAACUGUACGAUGUGUACGAUGUGAAGGUAUGAUGUUUGAGUGCGCUUUUUCAAAAGAAAAAUGCUUGUUCUCUACUUAUAUACUGGUAAGCUUUACACAUUUUCUGUGUCGGUUAAUAUUAUUAAAGUAACAGGUAUUCGUAUACAAAUCCUGUGCACACUUCGUUACCCUGUAUGAUAUGAUUGAUUUGACUGUACGAUAUGCUCACCCCUUCGCUGUAGUUGACUGCUUAUUACCAAAUAAUACGACAGAUUCUCUUUCCUUCUCUAAAGCACAAUAUACUUGUAAACAAAUCCUCUUUUUUUGUAAUAAAGAGGACAUUAAAUAUUAUAACUCUA